GUAGUAACAUCUUGGCGGUUGAUAGUUGACCUUUGAAACUCAUAAGUGCCGAGUAGCAGCUGUCUCUCCGCCCCUCGCCCACGUGACAGCUGAACCAGUGGGAGGUUGUGAUUCCAACAAACUCCUGCAGUGGGGGACGAACACAAGUCGGGAAGAAAUGCGGGUGGCAGUGAUUGGAGCUGGAGUCAUUGGCUUGUCAACAGCUCAGAGCAUCUAUGAGCAAUAUCACUCCAUUGUCAGUCCACUGACUAUUGAGGUGUAUGCAGACCGUUUCACUCCACUGACCACUAGUGAUGGAGCGGCUGGCCUCUGGCAACCAUAUCUCUACGAUAAGGGCAACAUCCAGGAGACAAAAUGGAAUAAAGAGACAUUUGACUACUUGCUGAGCUACCUCAGUUCACCGGAGUCCAUAAAAAUGGGUAUAUUCCUUCAGUCUGGCUACAACCUCUGCACUGAACCAGCCCCUGAUCCCUCAUUUAAAGAUAGUGUCCUGGGCUUCAGAAAGCUCACAGAGAGAGAACUGCAGAUGUUCCCUGGAUACAAUUAUGGGUGGUUCAACACUGCUAUCAUGGUGGAAGGUAAAGCAUAUUUACCUUGGCUGAUGGAUUGGUUGCAAAAAAGGGGUGUAAAAUUUUAUCACAGGAAAAUCGAGUCCUUCAAGGAGCUGGCAGAAACUGGGGCAGAUGUGGUAAUAAACUGCACUGGGAUAAGAUCAGGAGAGCUCCAGCCAGACCCUGAGCUUAAACCAGGCAGGGGUCAGAUAGUGAAGGUGGAUGCUCCAUGGCUGAAGCAUUGGAUUCUUACCCACAAUUUUACAACAGGAGUCUACAAUUCACCGUACAUCAUUCCAGGGAGUCGCCUCGUGACAGUCGGUGGGAUUUUCCAGGUGGGAAACUGGAGUGAACAGAACAACUCCACCGACCAUGAGAAGAUCUGGGACGGCGCUUGCCAACUCGAGCCAAGUCUCAAGCAUGCCAGGAUAGUAGAGGACUGGGCCGGCCUCAGGCCUGUCCGCAGCAAAGUCCGACUGGAGAGGGAGGCCAUACAGUCUGGUGCAGCUACAAUAGAGGUGAUACACAACUAUGGCCAUGGAGGUUUUGGACUCACCAUUCACAGAGGCUGUGCCCAGGAGGCGGCAAGGCUCUUCGGUCAGAUUGUGGAGCAAAAAGGCAAAGGUCCAAAAGCUCGUUUGUGAAUCUGAGUCCUAUUACAAUAUUCAGAGAGGGCCAAUUCACAUGUAACAAAAUAAUUCUUAAAUCCAUUGGAGGUUUGGAUGAUUGUAAAAAGUAAGUAAAAUAUAUAAAGUAUACAUAUAUUUCUCAGUAAAUGUAGACUAUAACUGAUAAAAUCACGUAUCACAGUGUUUAGUAAUAUAUAACAACACAAAUCCACAGCUCUUUUUGAAAGAUUAUUUACUAUAAUAUCAUACACAUUUACAUCCAGUGCACUGACAAGAAUCUGUGCACACAGACACUUAAUGCAGCACUAUAUCUCAAACACUGGCAAGUAAGAGUCAGCUUGUUGGACCUGUACUAGUUAAUCUCCCAUUUUUUUGAACAAAACUUUACUCAGGGGGUUACUCGUAGAAUCCGACUGGGCAAAGUCUGUCUACACAUCACCUUUGUUACAAUCAAAAGCAAAGACAACAACUAAACCAGGUAUUGAUACAUUAUUUACAGAAAGACAGAAUGUGACAUCCUGCCAAAUUGACGUGUUUGCAUGUGUAGGUCUAUGUGUGCAAGAGAUGCACCAUGGUUUAUACAUUGUAACACCAUAUACUCAUGUUAAUGUCAUUUUUUUAAUUAUGGGAUUUUUACUAACUAGAUUGAGUCAGCUUUGGGUAAUGAAAAUACUUCAACACGUUGACUUACAUAAUGUUGUCCACAAAUUCAGUCCAGGAUCUGUGGACUCGUUCCAGUUAUGCUAUAAUGAUGAAAUUUUGUCAACUGUUUGUUAUUAUGCUCUGAUGAAUGCUUCGGCCAAUUUGUUAGCUUGUUGAAAAUAAAAUAAUCACAUAAUGAUCAAGA